AUGCGUGGACACCAGGAUAGCGUCCAUUCAGCUGAGCUAUUAAUGUUUUCAAAUAUUGUUCUUUCAAGCUCCGUUGAUAAAACACUUAUGUUAUGGGAUGCAAGAACAGGUCUAGCGGCUCAUACAUUUGUUGGACAUGUUAAUCCUUGCAAUCAAGCCACAUUCAAUCUCCGAGGUGAUACAAUAGCAUCGUGUGAUUCUAAAGGAACUGUUAAACUAUGGGAUGUAAGAACAGUGAAAAGCAUAGUUACACUCGAUUUUGGACCAUAUUCAACCAACAGUGUUUCUUUUCACCCAGCUGGACAAUUGGUGUCAGUCGCUUCCAGUGAUAAAACUAUCAAAUUGUACAAUAUCGGAUCUGAGCAGCUAAUACCUUUAGCCUCUCAUCAUGAUGAAGUCCAGUUUGUUAAAUUUGAUCUAAAAGGUCAAUAUAUGAUUUCUACCGGACGUGAUCGAACUUUACGCGUGUGGUCAUAA